AUGUGGGAGUAUGCGGGUUUUGAAUUAAAAGUUAAAAUUACUCAUACAUUUUUGGGAAAAGGACAUACCCAAAACGAGGUUGACAGCGUGCACGCAUGCAUUGAAAAUGCGCAGAAAGUUAUUUAUAUCCCAGCACAAUGGGUAACACUGAUCAGUUGUGCAAAAGUUGCCGGAAAUCCUUAUACAGUGAUUGAAGUAUCGAAUGAAGAGUUUUUAGAUUCAAGACCCUAG